CCACUCCCCAGAGGUUUGCACCUCUCCCUAACCAAAAUCUCCUCUCCACAACUCUCUCUCUCUCUCUCUCUCUCUCUCUCUCUAGAACUUUCAUGGAGUCCAACAACAGCAAAAACACAGAGACCAUCAAAUUCCUUUGCAGUUAUGGCGGGAAGAUCCUCCCUCGCUACACCGACGGCAAGCUCCGCUACGCCGGCGGCCUCACACGUGUCCUCGCCGUCGAUCGCUCCAUUUCAUUCACAGAGUUGAUGGUGAAGCUCGGAGAGUUCUGUGGCUCAUCGGUGAAUCUGAGGUGUCAAUUGCCGACCGGCGACUUGGAAACCCUAAUUUCGAUCACGUCCGACGAAGACUUGGCGAAUGUUAUCGAAGAGUACGAUCGCGCUUCGUCGUCGUCGAUGAACAACCGUCCUUUGAAGAUCAGAGCGGUGCUUUCGCCGCCGAAAUCUCUCAAACAAAUCUCUCCUCCUCAAACUCCCCCCGAAUCGUUGCGAAACUCUCCUUCCUACCGAUUCGCUCCCCGGACUCACUCGCCGCCGGCCGGUUACUCCGUCGGCGCUCGGAAUUGUUACCGGAAAAGCUAUCCGUAUAGCUGCCAAGUACAGGAGUAUCCUAGGGUGUCGUAUUCGUAUUGUGGCCCCCACUGCAAUUACUGGCACUGAGAACCAAAAAGAACCAAAAACAAAAAUCGUAGAUUGAAGACAUCCUUAUAUAUAUACCAGUAGAUGAAGAAAAAUGAAAGAAAAAAUUGAUGAUUACGAAAAAUUAGUAAAAUACAGUAAUUAAAAAAAAAAAAAAUUGAAGAGAGAGUGAGAAAUAGCUGAGUUAAAUUUUUGUGAUUUGGGUGUGAAUUUUUUUGAAGGACUUUGUGUUUUUCAAUGGAGGUUCUAUUAUUCAUGAAAUUCAUUUUUUUUGGUGCUAUUCAUUUCAAUGGGAAUGUGUUUGGAUUGUUGGCGAUGAAUUUUCACAUCUCACAGUUGGGGUUCCGUUACUCGCCGUCAAUUCCGUCUGUUUGUGCCACGUGUGUCGUUUUUACAGAGCUAGACUCACUGACUUUUUUGGGUUUAUUUAUUUAUUUUUUUUAAUUUUUUUUAUGCAGUUGUUUGAAUUGAUUUGAUUUGAAUUUUUGAAUUUAACGGGUUGCGUUUAUUUGUGUGAUUUUGCAGGUCAAGAAAAAUGAGGCAUUAGAUACCAUAUAUGUGGUUGCGGACGUUUGAAGAUUCUGAAGAGUAAUAUAAAAGGGGAAUUGCGUUUGAACUUUCUCUCCAGGAGUAGGCAAGCUUGGUUCUAAAAAUAACAGCUGGGAAGUGCCUUUUAUUUGUGGGAACUAUAUAAAAUUAAAAUAUCAGAAUCUUGAACAUUUCAAGGAAUUGCAACUUAAACGUGCUUAAGAAUAGGACAAGG